GGUGUGGUGCGUAGGCGGGAGCCGAGAGGGAGUCAGGCAUGUCCACUACCGCUGCGGCGCGCGCGUGCGGCGCCCGGUCGCUCAUGUCGCUGAUGCUACUGCUGCUGCUGGGCCUGGCCGCCUCGCUGCCGGGGGCGGUGCCCGCAGGUGGGGGCGGCGGGAGCGGCACGCCGGCCAGCCAGCACCUGCUGGUCUACCGGCUCGUGCUGCACACCUUCUGGGACAGGGCGCGCUUCCCCAAGCACUUCCCGGACUGGAGGCCGCCCGCACAGUUCUCUGCACUCAUCGGUCGGUCCCACAGCGGGCAGGCGGCGCCGCUGUUCCGCGUGGGCGCCGUGGCGUCUCCGGGUCUGCGCGUGCUGGCGGAGACGGGCCGCGCAGACUUGCUGGACGCGGCGCUGGGGCAGCCGGCGGCCGGCGUGCUCGACCAGUUCACCGCGCCGCCCGUGCGCGCCGGCGUCGGCCGCACCGAGACGCACUUCUUCGUCGACACCAACCACUCCAAGGUGUCCGCCGUAAGUCGCAUCACGCCGUCUCCUGACUGGUUCAUCGGCAUAGACAGCGUCGACCUACUGGUGGCCGGUUCCUGGCUGGACUCCAUCACUCUUGAGGCGGACCCGCUGGACGCGGGCACGGACAACGGCUUCACGUUCACGGCUCCCAACUGGCGCACCGAGCCGCCGGGUCCCGUCUACCGCAUCACCAGCCGCGCGCCCGCACACCCGGCCGGCUCCUUCUACUACCCACAGCUGGACGAGCUGCCGCCCAUCGCCACCUUCCAGAUCAUCAAGGUGCGGGAGUACCGUCUGGGGGCGGUGUUCGAGCACGCGGCCGACGACCUGCGCUACGAGCUGGUGGUGCCGCAGCCCGCCGCCACGCCGCCCCCACCGCCCACCAACAACGACGACCUGCAGAACGAGAUCGAGCAGGAGCGCCGCGAGCAGGCGCCGGCGCCCGCCCCCGCGUCCACGCCGCCCCCGGCGCCGGCCUCCUCGCCGCCCACCAGCACGGCUGCAGCGACGAGCACCAGCAGCGUCGCACCGCCGGCCCCACUGCCCCUCGUCUUCAAGCGCGGGGACAAGAAGGCGCUGCGCAAGCACAUCAUGCGCUACAACAAGAAGGCUGCCCGCAGGAAACUCAGGUCGGGCAUCCGCGACUGCCGAGUCGGCGACUGGUCGGCGUGGGGUCCCUGCAGCCAGUCGUGUGGCAUCGGAGAGAUGCAGCGGCGGCGCAAGGUGGUGCGCGAGGUGGGCCGGCGCGGCGGCAGGCCGUGUCCGCCUCUGGUGGAGACGCGCUGGUGCGGCAGCGCGCGCACCUGCGGCGCCGAGACGCGCGGCGGCUACUUCCACUGGGGCGCCGGCGCGCCCUAGCCGGGAGCCGCCGUCUGCUCCACAACCUCCCCGCCACCACGCACCUUCUGUAACACUUUGUGACUCCAUUUCAUUUGAGGAACCCUGCCUUCGACUCAUUCUUCACCAGACGUACACAGCGCUACUGGGCACGUGUACCGUGUACGUGUUGACUGCGUAGCGUGUUACUUCGUUUGUGGUGUCGAUCCGAGACAGCGAGCUGGAGGGAUCGUUUCCAGAGCUACUGGAGAGCACCAGCUCGAGAACAAUUCUAGUGGCAUCAUUUGCGAGAACUGCAACAGUGUACCGAGUUUUUCAACUCGGUGAAGUGCACAGCGAAAAAUUUCCAGUACGUCCAAAAUCACAGGGUUACUACAAAAGCUUCUCCUUCAUUUUACACUAUACUCCAUAAACUAGAAACCAAGCGGAGAUUACUGACAACUGGUGGAUACUGCCCAAGUUUUACCCACCGCCAUAUAAAUGCAGUAUGCGUCCUCAUCUCGUCAUUGAACACAUUCCUUUCUAGUAUUUGUACGUGGCGGAUGCAGGUUUCAGUAAGUUCCAUUCAGCGAUCUUCAUGAUUCCAUUUCUACACACGCGGUACUUACAACGUUCUUCAUAAUCUUUUUAAAUGCUCGAACCUUUCUAGCCCUAUGGAUUUCGCCUCUAGCGCUGCAUACUUUUACAAGUUAUGUAGUCCUGAAUGGCUCGGCAAGUGUUCAACUAAUAAGUUCUUUCUUUCCCCUAGGACUUUCCUUCUACUUCUUUACUUAUCUAUUCUUCCGAUUACCUCUCUAUGUCUACCGUGUCUGCAUCUCCAAUAUGCAUCACAUGCAUUUCUAUACCAGUAAGUCUUAAAAGACAAUUUCUUAUCCAGACAGCAGCCACCGAUCUGCUGACGCCACUACCUCUAUUAUGCUUUGAGGUAAACUGAAACCACGAAUACUGAACUUUGAGAACGUCUCCCUUCUUAUCACGGAUGACAUUAGCGAAUGGACGAUUUAACUUCGGAUUCGCAACAUCCCGAAUUGUCGGUAAGACGUUUGUAGUAACUCUGUUCAAAUAACGAUAUUCACAUAUUUAACCGAAACCUUGUGCGGUCUUUCAACGUCACUGUAUUUUGAAUAGCUGGAUUAAUGGCUAUGUGAACAACGAUAACUGAAAUUUCUGCCCUCUAAAGACAGUCAGACGUCGCAGUAUUUGCGCUGAGUGUCCAAAUUACAUGACAAUUUCUAAAAUGUUUUAAGUACUGUAAGACACUACUGAGACGCUGGACCGUCGAAGUUUUUGGUCCACCGAGCGCGUCACUCUUGUGCAUUCCGUUCUGGCGGAUGCGUGUACAAUAAUAAGAGUCUCUUUAAGUUUCAUUAACACAUUCGUUAGAAACUAGCGAAAAUUUUCGACGUCUUUUAAAUUACCAAUACGGAAAAUAGUUGUCACACUCUGGGCGUAAAUUUCAAGUAGACUUUCACUUGAAUAAAAUUCCUUUUCAUUACCUAGAAAUUGCACGAUUCGAACGAACUGACGGGUAGCUCGAAGAUAUGUAAGUUAUUCAAUUAGCGAAAGGUUUUAGAUUUAAUGAUUAAGUAUAAAUACUUUUAAUAUAUUUCGGUAAGAUUCUACGCUAACACGACGGACUCUGCAAACGACACGAACUCCACGUGUCCAACAAUCACAACGUAAAGGAAGAGUGCGUCUUAAUAUUUGGUAGGUAAGAGUCAUUUCAUCGAUACAGAUGCGUAUCGAAAACUGUACAGUUGUCUAGAUUUGUAAGUUCGUAAACAGUUUGAAACACAGUACUGUAGCUGUUGUUAAGCAGAUAUUCUUGCUACUAUUGUAAAAGUUGGAAGAAAAAUUGUAAGAUAAUCACCUUUCAUACAGUGGCCUUUUAACUGUCAGACGUCAUGUUCGUCCUUGUCUCAGUUUAAUGAAAGAAACUGACUUUUAUUGUAACUCGAAAACUUCUUUUACUAACUCGCAGUGUAACAUUGUAAGAAAUUGUUGCCUUAUUUUUCAAUAAAUAUUGUGUACAAACCA